AGGGGGAGGGGUGAGAGGGAGCGAAAACAAAGAGCGAGAGAGAGAGAGAGAGCGGGAGAGAGAGAGAGAGCAUAUGGGUGGGGCGUGCCAAUUCUUUGUCUUCAUAAGAAGAGCAGAGGAGCAGCACACAGGAAUCUCUGCCUAGUUUACACUCUGAUCGCAAGCGAGACAUCGUUAGCCCUGCUUUCACCAUGGAUGUCUACAAGACCGUGCUGAACUUUCUAACAAACCAGAAGACCACCAUCGGCUACAGCUUCAUGGCCGCCCUGACCAUCGGUGGACAGCGGAUCUUCACCAUGUUCUCCUUCCAGUGUCCCUGCAACCGCAGCCAGAACAUGAUGUACGGUCUGACGUUCUUGCUGGCCCCCGCCUUCGUGCUGCUCAUACUGGGCUUCUUCUUCAGCAGCCGGCUUUGGAGACUUCUGACGGGGUGCUGCCUGAACCCACGCAAACUGUGUCCUCGGGGAAACUUCCUGGGGUGCACUUUUGCCCUGCUGAAGGUGUCGGUCCACGCCUUUGUGGCACCCACCAUGUGGCUGUCUGUGGCCCUGCUCAACGGGACCUUCUACGAGUGCGCCGUCAGCGGCACGGACUACAACCUGAUCGUGAAGAUGUUCUGCAAGAACGAGACGGCGUUGUGUGAGCGCGAGCUGCCCAAGGUGCCCUGUGGAAAGACCCUGUUGUCCCCAGAUGACACCAACGCUCUUCUGCUGAUGUUACGUGCUCAGUCCCAGAUCCUGGGCUGGUGCAUCAUCAUCUCCGUUGCUGCCGCCGGCCUGGCCGGCACCUGCUACAAGAACUGCCGCUCGCAGGUGAGCUACAUGCAGCUCACCUUCUGGAAAAAGUACAUAGACACAGAGAGAGAGAAGUUCGACAUCUACGCCUCCGAUUACGCCACCAAGCUGGCAGACCGAAAUCUCACGAGCUUCUUCGAGAACCGUGACCCCGAGGCCUUCCCCUUCCCCACCCACACGGCGUGGGAGGAGGUCUCUGCUCUGUACAACUACUCCCACAGCGACCAGUGCUACAGCACGCUGCAGAGCUUUGUGGAGCACGGCGACCGCGACUCCCGCCCAGACAAGAGGCCUGAAAUGGUAGCCUUGAAUGACACCUUCUAGAUACCUGUGGGACUGCCGAAGCAGAAGAUGCCUUUCAUUGAAGCAGCCGCCUGUGGAAUGCAGCAUGUUGUGUAGCUCUGAAGUGUUUAAUGUCCAGUAUAAUACUGUAAUCGUUUAUUCUGCUCAAGGUCAUGGGGGGAGGGUUGGAACACAGACAGGACAGGACACAUGGCAAGCAGGGGCAUUUCAAGGAUUUUUAAAUUUGGAGGGCAUAAAAGAAUCCAUAAUUCAGACAGUGAGGCCAACUUUAUCAUUAGCCAAUGAUGUGUUUUGAAUUGGUGAGUGACAGGGAUGAGGGAAAUCCCAGAGCCAAUCAGCUUUCAGCUAGGGUCAGGGGACCUAUGGCUCCACCCCUGUAUGCACCCCUGAUGGCAGAUGUAUAUUCUAGAUGGAUAUACGAUCACACAUUACAGGUAGUUUAGAAACACCAGUUAGAUUGUAUGUCUUCGGAGUGCAGAAGGAAACCAAAGUGACCCCAAGAGAACGAGCAAACUCCGUACGCGCAAAGCAGAGGUGGGAUUCAAACAUCUAACUGUAUGUCUGAGCUCCUCACAACAGGGACAAAUCAUAUACAGAAGACAAUCGUGUAUGGUCACCAGGAAUAACGCACAAAUUAGUGUGAUCAAUUAUGUUGACCUAACUCACUCCCCCACCCUUUCUCAGGGAAGAAUCACAUUAUCAUGAUUAGGUACUAAGCCACGUUUCUCCAAAGAGACUCACCCUGCUCCCACUUUCCUCUAAGGAAGAAAACAAGGUUAUUAUUGUUAACAAAAGAUAAAACUAGAAGAAAAACAUUUUUGUAAAUUCAAAUAAAGUGAGAUACAACAAUAAAAAACUACAGAUAAACAAAAAAACUACAAAUAUUUCACCCGAAACUGACAAAGUAUGUUUCUUUGUCAUUUAAAAAUAUUGCUUAGCUAAAGUAAUGAAAGUUUAUUUAUCACCAAUUAUCAUUUAUAAUACUUGGAACAUGUUUUUCCCAUUUUUAGGUCAUUAGUACGUUAUGUGCACUUUGUAUUCACGUUGGAUUCUCUAAAGAUCAGACAUAUCAAAUAACUAACUAAAUUUACAAAUCGAAACUGUAGUACCACUGGUAGGAAUUCAGAUAUCUUACGUUAUAAGGUAUCUUAUAGGGUUCAAAGGUAGAACCUCGGUUUCCCUGUAUUCUAUGCUGCAAAAAUGCACCUCUGCAAUGGAGACUCAGGGCUUUCAGGUAUAUCUUUUGAAUAGGGCACACUAUUGGCACUAUAGUACAGUAGAGCCUCUGGCCACAGGAACUCCGAAGGCCUGCCGCUUGGUGCCUAAGAUUCAACUACCCACAACCUGCAAAUGUACCUAAACCAUAUUGCAGAGUGAGUGUAGAUGCUUUUCCCUCUUAUGGCGAGUUGUGGCACCAUGGUGAGCAGAAGCGCGGAUACAGUUGAAACAUUUGUGCAACUUAUAAUGUGAUACCACCUCAGUCAAGGUGCUAGCAAGAACAUUUGUGGAUUGGGGGAGAGGUGUGAGACAACAGUGGAUCUAGGGUGAAAGGAAUAACCUGUAUUUGAGUCUGGGGGCAUACUUUAAUGGAUACUAAACUGAGAAAUCAAAUCUGCCAAGGAGUCUUAAGUCUUGUAUAUUGAAUAAAUGAUAGUUAUUGCCUUUAAAGCCACCCGUGUCAAAGUCCAUGGUGAGAGAGCUAAAGAUUGUGGUGCUAGAGAGCCAUAUCAUGUAUUAAAGUUUUCUUAAGUACAGAUUUAAACAUUCCAAACACCUGUUAUGGUCAAACUGUGGAAAUAUAUGCCUAAACUAAUAAUGUUCUAUUUUGUUGCAACUGUAAUAAAUGCAAUUUUGUAUGCCUUUUCUAUUAUUCCAAAUAAAUUUUUGUGAUGAUGGAAAA